UCUGUUUUGAGUCAUCAUAUCUCAGAGCCUCGUUGGUGAUUUGAGGGCUUCAAAACACAUUGAGAACAAGGAGCUAAGCACCUCUCUGUUCGGAAAUGGCAGGCGGGUCUUUUGCUCCGGCCGGCGUGGCCAAGGACCGAGCAGGGCAAUACCAAGGCAGGCUCACCGGUUAUGUCAUCGUCGCUUGCAUUGUUGCAGCCGUCGGUGGCUCACUUUUCGGUUAUGACAUCGGAAUUUCAGGUGGAGUUACAUCAAUGGAUGGAUUUCUGGAGAAGUUCUUCAAAACAGUGUACAGGAAGAAGAAGCUUGCACAUGAAAACAAUUACUGCAAGUAUGACAACCAAGGUCUUUCGGCAUUUACAUCUUCACUCUACCUUGCUGGUUUAGUCUCAUCUUUAGUGGCUUCUCCUAUCACAAGAAACUAUGGCCGCCGCGGAAGUAUAAUCUGUGGAGGGAUCAGUUUCAUUGUUGGAGCAAUUCUGAAUGCUGCAGCUGUCAAUGUCAUAAUGCUCAUCUUUGGCCGGAUCAUGCUUGGAGUUGGCAUCGGAUUCGGAAAUCAGGCUAUUCCACUUUAUUUAUCGGAGAUGGCACCAACUCAUCUCCGAGGAGGGGUCAACAUGAUGUUUCAGUUAGCAACAACACUUGGAAUUUUCACAGCAAACAUGAUAAACUAUGGAACUUCAAAGCUCGAACCAUGGGGGUGGAGGCUCUCUCUAGGUCUGGCAUUAGGACCUGCUCUGGUGAUGACAGUGGGAGGAAUACUUCUUCCUGAGACGCCUAAUAGCUUAAUCGAAAGGGGAUCUAAAGAUCGAGGAAGAAAGCUUCUUGAGAAAAUCAGAGGAACUGAAAAUGUGAAUGCAGAGUUUCAGGACAUGGUAGAUGCCAGUGAGUUUGCUAAUUCCAUAAAGAAUCCAUUCAGGAACAUACUUGAGAGAAGGAACAGACCUCAACUUGUUAUGGCAAUCUUCAUGCCAACAUUUCAAAUCCUGACGGGCAUAAAUUCGAUUCUGUUCUAUGCUCCAGUAUUGUUUCAGAGUAUGGGAUUUGGAGGAGAUGCAGCUCUAUACUCAUCAGCCUUGACUGGAGGGGUUCUUUGCUUAUCAACUGUACUAUCUAUAGCCACAGUUGACAAACUUGGUCGGAGAGUUUUACUCAUCAGUGGUGGAAUAGUAAUGAUCACCUGCCAGGUCAUAGUGGCAAUAAUCUUGGGGGUUAAGUUUGGCGAGAAUCAAGAACUAUCGAAAGGGUACUCAAUCCUGGUAGUGGCGAUUGUCUGCCUCUUUGUGGUAGCUUUCGGGUGGUCAUGGGGGCCGCUCGGCUGGACAGUGCCGAGUGAAAUCUUCCCACUGGAAACCAGAUCAGCUGGGCAGAGCAUAACAGUGGCUGUGAACCUUCUCUUCACUUUCGUCAUAGCACAGGCUUUUCUUUCCAUGCUAUGCGCGUUCAAAUUCGGGAUCUUCCUGUUCUUUGCUGGUUGGAUUUCUGUCAUGACCAUCUUUGUUUUUGUCUUCUUACCUGAAACAAAGGGAGUUCCUAUUGAGGAAAUGAUACUCCUCUGGAGAAGGCACUGGUUUUGGAGGAAGAUAGUGCCCGAAUAUGCAGAAGAAGAAAGCAGCGGGCCAAACAAUUUGACAGUGUAGAGAUGUUGUAGUCUGUAGAGUGUAAUGAAUGUGUAUCAUAAUGUAAAGUAUCAACUUUACAAUUUCAAAGUUAAUCCAAGUUUUCCGAUCACAUUGGCUAAGCAGGCAAUCAUAUCAAUCUAUCUAAGUGCAUAAACUACGAAAGUUGUUUAAACAAGAACACUCUAUCAGACAAUCGAUCAAAACUAGCCAGAAGUUAAUUUCCCGUCUGCAAAAGCUAAACACAAAUCUCCUGCAAGCGGGAUCAUAUUAUCAAGCAUUUGGUCAAAACUAGUAGAAGGCUAAUUGUCCUUGAGAUGACUAGCUUGGAUUAUAUUCCCCUUCUCUGCAAAAGCUAGACUCAAAGCCCAUGCCAGCAGACUUUUCUAUCAAACAUUUGAUCAAAACUGGUGAAGGAAAGUUGUCUUCAGAUGACUAGCUCGAACUACAUCUCCCCCUUUCGGCAAAAGCUAAACAAAAAGCUCCUUCUAGCAGAUCAUUCUAUCGAAUUUCGAUCUAAACUAGCCAGAAACUAAUCAUCAUUCAGAUGACAAACUUGGACUACAUUUCCCAUUUUCUGCAAAAACUAAACUCAAACAGUCAAACUUCCUGCAGCUCCCAACUCCUACUCGACCCCUGGCACCAAAAUCUGCCAAGACUAAAAGGGACCUCCACACACCACCAAACAAAACAUACCACCACAAACUUGGCUUCUAUCAACCAGAAAACGCAUUCCCAGCAAGCAAGAAGUAACUAAUCAAAGUUAUGUGUGAAGCAAAAUGAUCAACACCAACACUAUAUACUAAAAAUAUGAACUUUUAUUCCAAAGCUACAUUAUUUUUAACCGUAACGAGAACACAAUAGACGACCUCUGAAGCAUAACUCUCUAAGAACACAUUACUUCUCCUCCAUCACUCAUUAAUCCUUCAACAUUAUCAUCGCGUCGUCAUCAUAACAUAACACAUACUAAACAACUAUACAAAGUAAAAUCCAGACUCACUAAUCCAUUUUCUCUUCCGAUUCAUAAACUAGAAACCUUCUGUUACCAUAACCCUCUUGCUUCAAACUCGAAUUGCAACUAUUCCUCUUGAAAAAAUAAAGGAAGCAAUUGAGCCAAAUCGAACACAUCACCAUCAU